AUAAAAUUGCAAUUAUUCAACUAUUGCCAUUUAUCCCAAUGAUUUUAUUUUAAAAUGUUGAAAGAUAGGAACAUCUGAGAUUGACAAUAUGUACUUAUAAGUCGCGUUAUGUAGAAACUAGAAAGUCAACAAAAUACAAUGUACGUGUUUUAUAAGUUCAUGCUACACAAUUUUCUCCACUCCUGAAAAGCAGAUAAGCUUGACGCCGAAAACGAUCAAGGGAGAAAUCAAAAUGGCUGUGAUGAUGGAGAUGAGUAUCCUGAUUUCAUGCCUAUUCCUUUUGGCUACGCUGCGAGAAAUUCAAGAGUUCGGAAUGAAUUUGAGGUGUUGCAGAUGCUUGGAAAAAGGAGUGUUUGCUUCAGGUGUCAAUUAAGUGAGGUGUUCAAAGCACAGGAGAAGAAAGGAUCACGACGUCUUGUUGCACUCAAGAAGGUGAUGAUGGAUAAUGAGAAAGAAGGGUUUCCAAUCACAGCUCUGCGAGAGAUAAAAAUUCUCCAGCUACUAAAUCAUGAAAACAUUGUGAAUCUCAUUGAAAUAUGCCGCACCAAAGCAUAUCCUUAUAAUCGCGAUAAAGCAAGCAUUUAUUUGGUGCUGGAGUUUUGUGAGCACGAUUUAGCCGGGUUGCUUAGCAACCAUCAGGUGAAAUUUGGCCUUGGCGAGAUCAAGAUGAUAGCUCAGAUGUUGAUGAAUGCAUUAUACUUCAUUCAUAGCAAUAAAAUACUUCAUCGUGACAUGAAGGCUUCAAAUGUAUUAAUAACUAAGGCAGGUGUAUUAAAACUGGCUGAUUUUGGUCUAGCAAGAGCCAUUCAUAUCAGUGAAGAAAAGCAAAGAUACACCAAUAGAGUGGUUACUCUUUGGUGUCGACCUCCCGAAUUGUUGUUGGGUGAACGUGAUUAUGGUCCUCCCAUUGAUAUUUGGGGUGCAGGAUGUAUCAUUGCCGAGAUGUGGACACGUACGCCUAUCAUGCAAGGAAGUGCAGAACAACAUCAGUUGACCUUGAUUAGUCACUUGUGUGGUUCCAUUUCAACAGAAGUGUGGCCAGGUGUUGAACAGUUAGAGCUGUAUGAAAAAAUGACUUUACCUAAAGGUUUGAAACGCCGUGUAAAGGAGAGAUUAAAGAGUUAUGUUGGUGAUUCACAUGCACUUGAUCUCAUUGACAAGAUGCUUCAACUUGAUCCUAAACAAAGGCUGGAUAGUGAUUCAGCUUUAAAUCAUGAUUUCUUUUGGACAGAUCCAAUGCCCUGUGAUAUAUCUCGUACACUUGCUCGUCAUAAUACAUCCAUGUUUGAGUUUCUAGCUCCACCACGCAGAGCUGGUGCAGUGCCUGUGCCUAACAGGCAACGUGGUGGUACAGGUCAGCAAAAUAUGUCACAAGCUAAUUCAUAUGCUGAUCGUGUGUUUUAAUGUAAAUUGUGCUGUAAAAUUUGCCAAUUUUGAGCAUCUUUGUGGUUCUACAAAUAAUUAAACCAUUGUGGUUUUGAAGAAUAGGUUGUUUUCUAGAAAAUAGCUAGCUAAUUUUGAAUGUGAUACAAAUGCAUUUCAUAAGAUAAAAAGUCAAAUAAUGAAUGAAACCAUAGACAAGUUUUCAUAGCACAUCGCACUUUGUACUGUACGUAUCGGGUGAUCUGUUGAGUUUUGUUCUUAUUUUAUAUUUAAAUACAAUGACUAAAUUAAUAUUGAUAAAAUAAAACUUUCAUGAAAACUUUUAAGAAAAUAUCGUGUCCGUUGACAGAUUUAUCAGUAUGUAGCUGUUUUCUAUUUGAAUAUUUAUUCCUUGUAAUUAAAGGAACUUUGGCAAAGAUGUGUAUUUCGCUGUAGAAUUUUAAUAAUUAAAUCAGAAAUAAAUUUUGCUACUAAAGCAUUAUUGUAUUGUAUGAAAUGUUUAUCAAAAUACAUAUCUUUUUCACCAUAA